AGACAUAGCCUAAGCUUCUUGCCAUACUUGGCAGAGUACUCAUAUCAGCACCCCACCAGGAAAACUUCGACGGCAUCUGAGAUUCCUGCCUGUAAACAGUGAAGAGGAGUAAGGAAAAUGCAGUAAAGGGAUCCAGCCAUGCCACAAGCCAGAACCUACUAGAGACUCCAUCACUGUCUAGCCAAUCCUACUAGCCAAACAGAUGAGCCUGAUGAAAAGGAAAGAAUCUUGGAGGUGUUAUGAACAUAAACAGUACAGAAAUGGGCUGAAGUUUUGUAAACAGAUCCUUUCUAAUCCAAAGUUUGCAGAACAUGGAGAAACCCUGGCGAUGAAAGGACUGACGCUGAACUGUCUAGGGAAGAAAGAGGAAGCAUAUGAGCUAGUGCGUAGAGGCUUACGGAAUGACUUAAAGAGUCAUGUCUGCUGGCAUGUCUAUGGUCUUCUCCAGAGGUCAGACAAGAAGUAUGAUGAAGCUAUCAAAUGUUACAGAAAUGCACUGAAAUGGGAUAAAGACAAUCUUCAAAUCCUGAGAGAUCUCUCUCUGCUACAGAUUCAAAUGAGGGAUCUUGAGGGCUACAGGGAAACCAGGUACCAGUUACUUCAGCUCCGACCUGCACAGCGAGCCUCGUGGAUUGGUUAUGCAAUAGCUUAUCAUCUGCUGGAAGAUUACGAAAUGGCAGCAAAGAUUUUAGAGGAAUUUAGGAAGACUCAACAGACAUCUCCUGAUAAAGUGGACUAUGAGUACAGUGAGCUGCUGUUGUAUCAGAAUGAAGUCCUCCGAGAAGCAGGACUCCACAAAGAAGCCUUGGAGCACCUUGUUACCUAUGAAAAGCAAAUCUGUGAUAAACUGGCUGUUGAAGAAACUAAAGGAGAACUUCUGUUACAACUCUGCAGGCUGGAAGAAGCAGCUGAGGUGUAUAGAGGAUUGCAAGAAAGGAACCCUGAAAACUGGGCAUACUGCAAAGGCUUAGAAAAGGCACUUAAACCAUCCAAUAUGCUGGAGAGGCUCAAAAUCUAUGAAGAGGCCUGGACUAAGUACCCAAGGGGACUGGUUCCAAGAAGACUUCCCCUAAACUUUUUAUCUGGUGAAAAGUUUAAGGAAUGUCUGGACAAGUUUCUAAGGAUGAAUUUCAGCAAAGGCUGCCCACCUGUUUUUAAUACUUUGAGAUCAUUGUACAAAGAUAAAGAAAAGGUGGCGAUUAUAGAAGAGUUGGUGGUAGGUUAUGAAACUUCUCUAAAAAGCUGCAGGUUAUUUAACCCCAAUGAUGAUGGUAAAGAAGAACCUCCUACCACUUUACUCUGGGUCCAGUACUACUUGGCACAACAUUAUGACAAAAUUGGGCAGCCAUCCAUGGCUCUGGAUUACAUAAAUGCUGCUAUAGAAAGUACUCCCACCUUGAUAGAACUCUUUCUUGUGAAGGCUAAAAUCUAUAAGCAUGCUGGAAACAUUAAAGAAGCUGCAAGAUGGAUGGAUGAAGCCCAGGCCUUGGACACAGCGGACAGAUUUAUCAACUCCAAAUGUGCAAAAUAUAUGUUGAAAGCCAACUUGAUUAAAGAGGCGGAAGAAAUGUGUUCUAAGUUCACCAGGGAAGGAACCUCAGCAGUAGAGAAUUUAAAUGAAAUGCAGUGCAUGUGGUUCCAGACAGAAUGUGCCCAAGCUUACAAGGCAAUGAAUAAAUUUGGAGAAGCACUUAAGAAAUGCCACGAAAUUGAGAGACAUUUUGUAGAAAUUACAGAUGACCAGUUUGACUUUCACACUUACUGUAUGAGAAAGAUUACACUUAGGUCUUAUGUGGACUUGUUAAAACUAGAAGAUGUACUUCGACAACAUCCAUUUUACUUCAAGGCAGCACGAAUUGCUAUAGAAAUAUAUUUGAAGCUUCAUGAUAAUCCCCUAACAGAUGAGAAUAAAGAACACGAGACUGAUACAGCAAAUAUGUCUGACAAGGAGCUAAAGAAACUUCGUAAUAAGCAGAGAAGAGCACAGAAGAAAGCACAAUUAGAGGAGGAGAAGAAGAAUGCAGAAAAAGAGAAGCAGCAGAGAAAUCAGAAGAAAAAAAAGGAUGAUGAUGAUGAGGAAAUCGGUGGCCCAAAAGAAGAACUUAUCCCUGAGAAACUAGCAAAGAUUGAAGCACCUUUGGAAGAAGCCAUUAAAUUUUUAACACCAUUAAAGAAUUUGGUAAAGAAUAAAAUAGAGACCCAUCUUUUUGCUUUUGAGAUUUACUUCAGGAAAGAGAAAUUUCUUCUGAUGCUGCAAUCUGUGAAGAGAGCAUUUGCUAUUGACUCCAGUCAUCCUUGGCUUCAUGAGUGCAUGAUUCACCUCUUUGGCAGUGUAUCUGAAAGUAAAGAUCUACCUGAUACAGUUAGAACAGUGUUAAAUCAAGAAAUGAAUCGGCUUUUUGGGGCAACUAAUCCAAAGAACUUCAAUGAAGCUUUCCUUAAAAAGAACUAUGAUUCACUACCACAUAGAUUAUCAGCUGCCAAAAUGGUCUACUACUUGGAUCCUUCCAGUCAGAAAAGAGCAGUGGAGCUGGCAACGUCCCUUGAUGAAUCACUUACCAACAGGAAUCUUCAGACUUGUAUGGAGGUAUUAGAAGCUUUGAGUGAUGGUAGCCUGGGAGACUGUAAAGAAGCAGUUGAAACUUACAGAGCGAAUUGUCAUAAGCUUUUCCCUUAUGCUUUGGCUUUCAUGCCACCUGGAUAUGAAGAGGAUAUGAAGAUCACAGUUAAUGGAGAUAGUUCUGCAGAAACUGAAGAACUGGCCAAUGAAAUAUGAACAAUUUUGUUUAAAAAAAGAAAAGAAAGAAAGAAUGAAUUACAUUGGUCCAUAUCUGGUGUAUAAUAUUUUUGUCACGCACCUGCUGAUUUGUUCUAACUUACACAGAAAAAGGAAGGAGUAAAAAUAUUGCCUUCAAAUAGUUUUACUUUUUUUAUCCUGCUGACAAAGUAUAUAUAUAAAAUAUCUAACAUAUGGAUAUAGGUUGUUCAGUUUCUUAAGAAAAAUUAAAAGCUGCUAAAAUUGAAGAAAAAAAAAACCCUUAUCCUUACCUACCUACCCCAUGUUUUUAAACUAAUUUAUAAGAAAUCUGGAGGUUCAUAGCCCUCAGAGCAGGUGUGUGGCAGAAAUAUUACUUUAAAUUUGUCUUGUGAGAUUACUAUUAUCUCAGACAGCAAAAAUGCUGUUUUAGCACUGGAUUCUUUCACUGAGCACAAAGAGUUGUUGGGGCUUUAGCAUCUGACUGAUUUUGAUACGGAGAUGAUUCUGUUCAUAGGAAGUACUCGUGAAUCACUAUUUACAGAGAAAUCUACAACAUAUAUGUGAUGUUGUAGAGACUGGGACAUAUAAAUAUCAAGCAGAAUUAAGAAACAUAAGGUGUUCAAUAAGCUUGUUGUGUCUCCGAAGUUCACGUACAUGAUCAGUUUGGUGUUCUUGUACCACAGUUUUUAACUGAAGGAACCAGUUAGAACUAUCUCUUCAUUUUAAUUAAACUUGAAAAGAAAGAAACACUGCUGUUCUUGAGUUGAACCUCGCAGCAUAGUUUGGCCAAACUUGUUAAAACUGUAAUGCAAGAACCAAAUGAAAUUAUGCACUGUGAUGUGGCACCAACUAAUUAGAAAGAUAGUGUGCAUUUUUUCACAAAGAGUGAAAAUAAAAUGAGAACAUACUAUGGCUUGAAGUUACAAAGAGCGGAACUCCUGGCUAUCCUUUUAUGACUGAUCAAGAGACUAAUAGUUUAAAACCUCAGCAGGCCUUGUUCACGUUAUGCAGAGAAAAACAAGUGCUGCAGUUUAGAUACCUCUGGAACUUUUCCACAGUGUCACAGGUUUGUAAUACUUGAAGCCCUACAUUUCUAAGAAUAUAUUUCUUGCUCAGUUGUUUCAAGCAAACUCAAGACUUUGUAACUUUUAAGGGGCCCAAGUUUUUUUUUGUUUUUUUUUUUUCAAAUAACAGACCAGCUUCUUAUUCCUGCAGUUACAGAUGUAAUUUCCUUUGUCAAACAUAAGGUACCAAAUAUAAUGCAAUAAAAUGUUUUGAAAAACA